GGCCUUACUAGAUUGCCCCACCCACAGUUGAGUACGGAGGUAAUAGCGGUCGGUAAAGUAUCGCGUUUUGGCUAUUGACCAGACAACCUCUUUUACUUGUCAUUUCUUUCUCUCUCUUUCUCUUCUUUUCUGUUUUUUUUCUUCCUCCUUUGCCCCGCAUAACAUAAUCUCUAUUAUUCGAUUAUAUUGGGGUUAUUCAAGUUAAUUUUCAGCCUUGGAUCCUCUGUGACCCUUCAAGCUUCCACCUUUACGGAUUUCAUACGGUGGGUUCUGGUGCCCUCCAUUUGUAUUACAUCUGGGUUUGUAUUAGAAUUGGUGAACAUUGAAGGGCAGCUUCAAAUUUUGGGCUGCAUGUGCGAUCUAUUUCCAGGCUUUAAAGUUGUUAAGCCAUGGGAGAAUGGAUCAUUGGAGCUAUCAUCAACUUGUUCGGUAGCAUUGCCAUCAACUUCGGAACUAACCUUCUUAAAUUGGGUCACACUGAGAGAGAAAGGCAUGCUGUACUAGACAGCGAUGGAACAAAUGGAAAGCAUUCAUUGAAGCCUAUUAUAUACUUCCAUUCUUGGAGAGUUGGUGUUGUAAUUUUUAUUCUUGGAAAUUGCCUUAAUUUCAUAUCUUUUGGAUAUGCUGCUCAGUCCCUUCUUGCAGCCCUCGGCUCAGUUCAGUUUGUUUCAAAUAUUGCAUUUGCUUACUUUGUGUUCAACAAAACGGCGACUGUCAAGGUUCUGGUUGCAACAGCCUUUAUUGUUCUUGGAAACAUUUUUCUUGUUUCUUUUGGCAAUCACCAAUCACCUGUUUUCACACCAGAAGAAUUGGCAGAAAAGUACAGCAACAUUACAUUUCUUGUGUACUGCCUGAGUUUGGUCUUAGUUGGUGCCUUGAAUCACUACAUUUACAGGAGAGGAGAACUUAUGCUUGCUGUUUCUGGACAAGAUCUUAAAGAUCUUAAAUCCUAUUGGCAUAUGUUGCUUCCAUUUUCAUAUGCUAUAGUUUCAGGUGCCGUAGGAUCAUGCUCAGUGUUGUUCGCAAAAUCUCUCUCUAACCUUCUCCGGUUGGCCUUGUCUAAUGGUUAUCAGUUGCAUAGUUGGUUCACAUAUUCAAUGCUUCUUUUAUUUCUUAGUACAGCGGGAUUUUGGAUGACGAGGUUGAAUGAAGGAUUGGCACUGUUCGAUGCCAUCCAAAUUGUUCCCAUGUUUCAGAUUGCUUGGACUUUCUUCUCUAUUUGUACAGGAUUUGUAUACUUUCAGGAGUAUCAGGUUUUUGAUGCACUAAGGACAACAAUGUUCAUCCUAGGAAUGGUGUCGGUGUUUGUGGGCAUCUCAUUGUUGGCACCUGAUGACUGCAAAGGUGGUGAGGGUAAAGAUUCAUCUUUGGUAUCAGUGAUGUCUUCAAGCAUUUCAAAUGAAGUGGAUAGAUUGAUUGUGUCCCCUGAAAACAUACAAAAUAAAGAAACAAGACCAUUUGUGCAAGGAAAGUUUAUGAAGAUUUCAGAGAUGAUAUCCAAGGCAAAGACUGCCUGUUCAUUAUCAUUAGGCUUCGGAGAGGAUUCAAUCAACGCAUCAGCAGUUUUUGUUAUGCCUAUGGUGUCAUCAAAGAUCACAGGUUUCCGAGGAAACAGGCUUGACAGAGCUAAGAUUUUGUCCUUGAGAAAUUCUGGUUGGAGUACUAUUUCAAUGGAUGGAGAUGAGGCAGAAUUGUUAGACACAGGCACAAAACACCCUACUACCCCUUGUGGAUUGGCCAUGCAGAAGCUAAUAAUGCUCCGUCCUGUACUGUGGCACUCGUGUCUCUUCUCUGAGGCAGCAUUGGUGCAGACUCAAACCCAUUACAAAACUGCGGUUAUUGAAGCUGAAACAUGCAUUGCAUUGAUCAAGAAAUGCCAAAGCCUCCGACCCUUGAAAGCCCUUCAUGGGUUCAUCCAAAGAUCUCACUUUCACUUUCUUCAUGGGGAUCUCUUCCUCCUCACUAAUCUCAUCUCUCAAUACGCCUCGUUGGGCUCUGUCCCCACCGCAUUCUCCCUCUUCUCUUCUGUUUCACAUUUCGCUGAUCUCUUCCUGUGGAACGUCAUGAUACGUGCCUUCGUCGAUAACUGUCACUUUGAUAGAGCAUUGCAGCUAUACAAUCAAAUGCGUCGAUUUGAUGUCAAGCCUGAUAAUUUUACAUUUCCUUUUGUUCUCAAGGCUUGUGGGUGUUUGCGUGAUGUUGAAUUUGGAAUUAAGGUUCAUCAAGAGAUUCUUGAUUUUGGGUAUCAGUAUGAUGUCUUUGUUUGUAAUUCUCUAAUUUCUAUGUUCGGUAAAUGUGACCGCAUUGAUGUUUCCAGAAAAGUGUUUGAUGAAAUGCCUAAAAGAAAUGUGGUUUCUUGGAGUUCAAUGACUGGUGCUUAUGCCCAGAAUGGUUGCUUUGAGGAAGGGUUACUUUUGUUCAAGAGGAUGUUGGAUGAGAGGAUUGGGCCUAAUCGGGUUGUUCUUUUGAAUGUGAUGGCGUGUAUUUGUAGAGAGAAUGAUGCUGAUGAUAUUUGUAGAGUUGUUGUAGAUAAUGGACUUGAAUUUGAUCAGUCUUUACAAAAUGCUGCUAUGAUAAUGUAUGCACGGUGUGGAAGAAUGGAGAUGGCAAGAAGAUUCUUUGAUAGGAUUUUGAAUAAAGAUCUAGUGUCCUGGACAUCCAUGAUUGAGGCUUAUGCUCAGGCGGAUUUGUCCCUUGAAGCCUUGGAGCUAUUUAGACAGAUGAUAUUGCAAAGGGUCAUCCCUGAUUAUGUAACCUUUCUCAGUGUGAUCCGAGCUUGUUCAAAUCUAGCAUCCUUUCAGCAAUCACGUAUGGUUCAUGGAAUAAUAAUCCGUGGUUGCUUCAAUAAUAGAUUAGCCUUGGAUACAGCUGUAGUUGAUCUUUAUGUGAAAUGUGGGAGCUUAAUAUAUGCUACAAAAAUUUUUGAUAGGAUGCUUGAAAAAAAUGUUAUCUCAUGGAGCACAAUGAUCUCGGGUUAUGGAAUGCAUGGCCAUGGUAGAGAAGCACUCUGCCUGUUUGAUCAGAUGAAAGCUUCAAUAAAGCCAGACCAUAUCACAUUUGUUUCAGUAAGGAUAUUCGGUGCCAUUGAUUUUGUUACCAUGUCCAAUGUUCCAAUGGAAUUGAGCUCCAUAGAUCUCAAAGUCAUGUACUGCAAAGAUCUGAAAGGGUUCAAAUUCUUUCAGAAACUCACGGUCUCUUGCCUGGUUUCAAUCAUUAGCGACAAUCCUGACAAAAAGCUGGAGCAUAAGCAGCAACACCGGACUCCAGCAGACAAAGAGGGAGAUGGGAACCCUGAAUGGAAACAUGAGAUGCAAUUUGAUCUAAAGGGGAUUUCGAUUCAUAAUUGUGAUCAUCUCUUUAUUCACUUUGAGCUAAAGCAUGAAGGAGUCAUGUUUGGAAACAAAAAUAUUGGUGAGGUUCGUGUUCCCUGCAAGGAUCUUUUCCUGGACUCCAAUGGCAACUUCAAAUUUGUCAAUUAUGAGGUCCGAACUUCUGAUAAAAAACCAAAUGGAGUACUGUGUUUCGCCUACAAGGUGAAUGGAAUUGGGUUUCCAAUAACUCAUCACCAUCAUCAUCCUCCUCAGACAUCUGAGACUUCACAUUCACCCUUAGAUGUUCAUGGCUCAAGACCAGAAGUUAAUUCUGUUCAUCCUCAGAUAUCUGAAAUUCCAUAUCCCUCAACAAAUGCUCAUACUUCAGCCCCAGAAGUUCAUCCUCAGACAUCGGAAAUUUUAUAUCCCCCAUUUGAAGUUCAUACUCAGACAUCCGAGAUUCUGAAUCCCUCAGAUGUAAACAGCACAGCCCCUCAAGUUCACUAUCCUGUUCAAACCUCCCCACAAUAUGUUCAGUGUUCAUCAUCUGUCAGCCAGCAUACACCCGAAGAAAAUUAUUAUCCCCCACCGGGUACUUAUUAUCCACCACCCGUUCAAACCUCAUCAACUGUCAGCCAGCAUACACCCGAAGAAAAUUCUUACCCCCCACCGGGUACUUAUAAUUCUGUACCGUCACUGCCACCGCCACCUCUUCUACCACCUUUUCCUCUUCCAUAUCCACCCCCUCCGCCACAGCCAGGUCCACCACCACCACCGCUACUACCGCCAAUGGCACAUGGGGCAUUUUAUCCUCCUCAUCCAUUACAUGUCCAUGGCUGGGAACAUGAACCUCACAUGGGUUUCUAUGGCCCUUCUGCUGGACAUUCUCAUUCAUUUGACCAGGGGCAGGAUUCGGCAAACCGUUUGUCAGGUUGGAGAAAGGGCCGCUCGUCAUGGAACGGUAGGUGAGAAUAUUUGGGCAAAGCAUAGCAUGUGAUUUAUUUAGAACCUUAAGCUCUGUUUGUGAUGUUUAUGUCAAACUUUUGUUCCUGUAUUUAGAUCAGUUUUUGCCAUCCCCAGAACGCUAUUAUUGUUGAUAUUAACUGUAACAAAAUAAUAAUAUUUACCAAAGAAGAGGAUACUGACGACUAAUUCCAGUUUAUGCA